CUAACCCCUAAUCACAAUUUGUUCGCAACCUCCUUAUAAAACUAACCAAAGAUUACACCAUUUUCAUAAUGCAAAACCAUUAGCCUUAUUAACCAUAAUAAGCAUGGACUCUUCAUCUUCUACCACCAACAAAACUAAUAUUGAGCCGCUCGAUCUCUUUCCGAUCAACGCAAAUGAUUCUCGCAUGUCACAGAAUCAAGAAGAUCAGUACAUUGAUGAGAAAGAUGAAGUGACUGUAGCUUUACGUAUCGGUCUUCCUGAUUGUUCCAGUUCCAUGGCAUCAGCUAAUGUGAUGGAGAAUAAGCAGUACUGGAUCCCAACUCCUGAACAGAUACUCAUUGGGUUCACUCAUUUUUCUUGUCAUCUCUGCUUCAAGACCUUCAACCGCUACAACAAUCUUCAGAUGCAUAUGUGGGGACACGGGUCCCAGUACCGGAAAGGGCCAGAAUCACUAAAAGGAGCGCAGCCGCGAGCAAUGCUGGACAUUCCAUGCUACUGCUGUGCUGAAGGGUGCAAGAACAACAUACAGCAUCCGAGAGCGAAGCCAUUGAAGGAUUUUCGAACGCUGCAAACUCAUUACAAGAGAAAGCAUGGUUUGAAGCCAUUUAUGUGUCGCAAGUGUGGCAAGUUCUUGGCUGUGAAAGGUGAUUGGAGAACUCAUGAGAAGAAUUGUGGGAAGCGAUGGCUUUGCAUUUGUGGUUCUGAUUUUAAGCACAAGAGAUCGCUGAAAGAUCACAUUAGAGCGUUUGGGUCUGGUCAUGCUGCUUUUCCUCCUUCCUUUGAUGGGGUUGACCCAACGAACUUUGUUUAGUCAACCAUUCAAGCCAAGACUAUGCGUUUUGAUUAAUAUAUUGUGUGUUUUGGUUAAUUUCUUAAGUUGAAAAUUGUAGUGUUGGCCUAU